AUGGAAUGCUUUGAGAACGCCUCGGAGGCUUUUCUUCAACUCUCAUCUACUCCCCACCACGAAUUUGGUUUGAAUGGCAUCGUUGGACCUUUGUUUGGACUUGCAGAUCGAAGUAUCAUAGACUUCAUUAUUGCCGCAGCAAAGUCAGCUAAAUCUGCGGAAAGCCUUUUCGCCUCCCUCAACGCUUCCGGUUUACCAGACUCACCCGACGCACACCAAUUCGUCAACGAACUAUACUCUAAAGUCCCGCGCAGGAGCAAGAAGUCUGCCGCAGACGCUGCCCGCAAGCAAGCGGAGAAGGAGGCGAAAGCGUUGAGGUCACAAAAGUAUGGACUCUUGUUGGAAGACGAAGACCAGUCGAUAGAGAUUCUGAAGGAGAAGCCGAGGGAGUCAUCCAAGAGCAAACGUGACAAACAAAUACGGAAGCGGGAUUAUGAUGGAAAGGAAUGGGAGAGCGACGAGGAGGAAAAGGCGCGGAAACGGUGGAAAGGGGACGAGGAAGGGGAGCGGCGCGACGAGGAUGCUGACAUGGACGGUGAACCUGCGGAGGAGAUCGACGAAGAGGCGCUGAAGGAACAACAGCGCUUAGAGGACAUUCGAGAACGUGACGCUUUCGCCGAACGAAUGAAGGAGCGCGACAAGCAGAAGACGAAGAAGGUCGUUGAGGACCGGUCAUCCAGGAACGCCGGUGCUACUUCAGAGGCUGCCCUGCGACGACAACUCGCCGACGACGCAGAAGCCCGUAGCCAGGCCCUUCCCUCCCUACGGCUGCAUUCACGUCAAGAAUAUCUCACCAAGCGUGAAAUUCAACAAAUCGAGCUGCUUCGUAAAGAAAUCGCGGACGAUGAAGCCCUGUUCGCGGGCAUGAAGAUCACGAAGCGGGAGAGGCGUGAACUGGAGCAGAAGAAGGAACUGUUGAGAUUGGUGGAGGAGCGGCUCAAGAUUAACGACAAGUGGGAAGGUUAUCAAUUGCCGGAGGAUUAUCUGACAGAACAGGGCAAAAUCGACAAGAAGAAGAAAGAGAAUGCCCUGUAUCGCCGCUAUGAAGAAGCCAAACCAAAGGACGACCAAUUCGUUACCGAUGUCGACCAGUGGGAGGCGGCUCAGACGAGGAACAGUACUUUCAAAACGGGUGCCAUGGACAAGCAGGAAGCUGUUGACAACUACGAAUAUGUUUUUGACGAAAGUCAGACUAUCCAGUUCGUCAUGGAGUCGCAGCUACCGGGGACGAGAAUGUCAGAGGCAGACCGUUUGCUCCAGCAGCAAAUUGAAGAGGCUGAGAAGAGAGCUAAAACAAUCGAGGAAACUCGAAAGUCACUCCCCAUCUACGCGUACAAGGAGCAACUUAUCGAAGCAGUGAAAGAGCACCAGGUUCUCAUCGUCGUCGCCGAAACGGGCUCAGGCAAGACCACGCAGUUGCCACAAUACCUCCAUGAAGCGGGUUACACUGCUAACGGAGGCAAGAUUGGAUGUACCCAACCCCGUCGAGUUGCAGCAAUGUCUGUCGCAGCCCGUGUCGCAGAGGAAAUGGGCACCAAAGUUGGUUACGAAGUGGGCUACUCGAUACGAUUCGAAGACUGUACAAGCGACAAGACGGUCGUCAAGUACAUGACCGACGGAAUGUUACUUCGGGAGUUCUUAACAGAACCAGAUUUGGCGGGGUACUCAUGCCUCAUCAUUGACGAAGCUCACGAACGAACGCUCAGUACGGAUAUCCUUUUUGCUCUUGUCAAGGAUAUUGCGCGUUUCAGGCCUGAAUUGCGGCUUUUGAUUUCCAGUGCGACUAUGGACGCAGAGAAGUUUAGCGAGUACUUCGAUGAUGCUCCUACAUUCUAUGUACCCGGCCGCAUGUACCCUGUCGACAUCCACUACACCCCUCAACCCGAGGCAAAUUACCUCCACGCCGCCAUCACCACCGUCUUCCAGAUCCACACGACACAACCCAAGGGCGAUAUCCUGGUGUUCUUAACGGGUCAAGAAGAGAUCGAGGCGUGUCACGAGAACUUACAAGAAACAGCUCGGGCCCUGGGCAAUAAAAUCAAGGAACUCAUUAUAUGUCCGAUCUACGCCAACCUGCCGAGUGAAAUGCAGGCUAAGAUUUUCGAGCCGACACCAGAAGGGGCGCGGAAAGUGGUCCUGGCCACCAACAUUGCCGAAACGUCUAUCACGAUUGACGGAGUUGUCUUCGUUAUUGAUCCUGGGUUUGUGAAACAAAACUCUUACAACCCUCGGACGGGAAUGUCCUCGCUGGUUGUGGUUCCCUGUUCACGAGCUUCUGCCAAUCAACGUGCCGGGCGUGCAGGUCGUGUCGGUCCAGGAAAAGCAUUCCGGUUGUACACCAAGUGGGCGUUCUCCAAUGAGCUAGAAGCCAACACGGUCCCCGAAAUUCAGCGGACAAAUCUGGGAAUGGUCGUCCUACUGCUCAAGUCAUUGGGUAUCAACGAUUUGAUCGGAUUCGAAUUCCUAGACCCUCCACCGGGCGAGACGCUCAUGAGAGCACUCGAACUUCUCUAUGCCCUCGGUGCCCUCAACGACCGCGGUGAACUCACCAAGCUGGGCCGGCGAAUGGCUGAAUUCCCCGUUGAUCCUAUGCUGUCGAAGUCCAUCAUUGCCAGCGAGAAAUACCAGUGUACAGACGAGGUCCUCACCAUCAUCGCCAUGCUGUCUGAAUCAGGAUCGCUCUUCUACCGUCCAAAGGAUAAGAAGCUUCACGCCGACCAAGCUCGACAAAACUUUGUGCGACCCGGUGGUGACCAUUUCACACUUCUGAAUGUCUGGGAACAAUGGGCCGAAACCAACUAUUCUCAACAAUUCUGUUACGAACAAUUCUUGCAGUUCAAGAGUAUCAGUCGCGCUCGCGAUAUCCGCGACCAGUUGGCUGGCCUCUGUGAACGGGUCGAGAUUGUGAUCGAGCAAAACCCAAACACCAACGAUAUCAGCCCAAUACAAAAGGCCAUAACGGCGGGAUAUUUUUAUAACACGGCUCAAUUGCAAAAGAGCGGGGACUCGUAUCGGACGUUGAAGACAAAUCACACAGUGUACAUCCAUCCUUCAUCAAGCUUAUUCCAGCAUCAACCUCCCGUAAAGGCCGUCCUUUACUACGAAUUGGUCAUGACGUCCAAGUCUUACAUGCGGCAAGUGAUGGAAAUCAAGCCUGCUUGGCUACUCGAAGUCGCCCCGCAUUACUUCAAACCCACCGAUCUGGAACAAAUGGCCAAGGGCGACAAGAAAAUGCCCAAAACGAUUGGUGCCUCCAGUUCCCAAGCACCAUGA